AUGGUAGACUCCGCGGCAGAAAAGGCUGGCCAGACUCGAGGCCUUCCUGUCGUCUGGCGAUCUCCACCAGACGGCCAGUGGCAAAAUAAAGAAUCCGGCAGAUCGGAGAUAAGUCGGUACCCCGACAGCCGCGAUCCGAAUCACUUCAUAGGCCGACUGCAUCAGCCAUCCAAACUGCAACGAAUCGGAGACCGCCAACAUAACCGGGUACAGGCCAUCAGCAUGGCAACCGGCGAUGGCAAGGGCAAUGACGGCAUCAUCACUUGCAUCACAGAACGCACGUACCGACCGAAGUUCUGCAACAGAUGCUCACCAGAUUUUAAGUGUUGCUGGCCGGUGAAAACGAAGACCAAGCGACUUCGAUUCAGAUGCAACGACGGAAGGGUGAUUUAUCACUUCUUUGAAUGGAUCAGCAUCUGUCACUGCGUCAAGACCGAGUGCCCAGAGACCUGGAAUGUCAAGAACUAG